AUGAUAUCCUCAACGUCGAACCCCAGCCCCCCGCUCCCCUACCGCAUCAUCCCCGCCCACACCCCCGAGCAUCUCUCCGCCAUCCGCUCCCUCUUCCGCGCCUACGUCCAAUGGCUGAACAUCGACCUCACCUUCCAGGACUUCGAGACCGAGCUCAACUCCCUUCCGGGUAAAUACGGGGCCGCGUCCGGAGGAGACCUUCUCCUGGCCUACAGCAGCAGCACACCAGAAGAGCACAACAUUCCUCUGGGCUGCGUAGCUCUCCGUCCCCUUACUCUACGAUCAUAUCCUAUAGAGCCUAGUCAUGAUGAUGGUGACGAUAGACCGGAAGUCAAGUACUGUGAGAUGAAAAGGCUGUAUGUCUCCCCGGAGGCACGGAGGAUGGGGUUGGGCAAGGCGUUGGUGGAGGCGGUGGUGCAGAGGGCCAGGGAGCUGGGGUAUCAGGCCAUGCGACUCGACACGCUGCGGUCGAUGGAGGGGCCGUUGAGGUUGUAUCGGGCGGCGGGGUUUGUGGACGUCGGGCCGUAUUAUGAGACGCCUUUGUUGGAGGAGACGGUGUUUUUGGGGUUGGAUUUGGGGGGGAAGGAGUGA